AUGUCAUCGAGAAAGAAGGUCCUUCUCAAGGUCAUCAUCCUUGGCGACAGCGGUGUCGGCAAGACCAGUCUGAUGAACCAAUAUGUCAACAAGAAGUUCAGUGCAAGCUACAAGGCCACGAUCGGAGCCGACUUUUUGACCCGCGAGGUCCUGGUCGAUGACCGACAAGUGACGAUGCAGCUCUGGGAUACUGCUGGACAGGAGCGUUUCCAGUCUCUGGGUGUUGCUUUCUACCGUGGAGCCGACUGCUGCGUUCUCGUCUACGACGUCAACAACUCCAAGAGCUUCGACGCUCUCGACAGCUGGAGGGACGAGUUCCUGAUCCAGGCUUCGCCUCGGGAUCCCGACAACUUCCCCUUCGUCGUUCUUGGAAACAAGAUCGAUGUUGAGGAGAGCAAGAGGGUGAUCUCGACCAAGCGCGCGAUGACUUUCUGCCAGUCCAAGGGCGGAAUUCCCUACUUCGAGACCAGUGCGAAGGAGGCUAUCAACGUCGAACAGGCGUUUGAAGUCAUUGCACGAAACGCCCUGGCCCAGGAGGAGUCUGAAGAAUUCAGCGGAGAUUACCAGGAUGUCAUCAACAUCCCCAUCGAGAACCCCCGCGACGGCUGUGCCUGUUAA